CUUCUUAUUUAAAGUGAGAAGGCUAAGAGAGGUGGCAGUGAGGUCAGUGACCUUGAUUCAGUGAAAAAAGAAAAGAUUAUCAGAAAGAGAAAGGUAAAGAAGGAAAAGAAAGAAGAAAAUCAGUAAUGGCGUCCAAGGCUGUCUUCUUCCUUGCAGCCCUCUUCUUCUCUGCACUCUCUGCUAUUGCCUUUGCAGACGCUGACAAUGGAGGCACUGGCCUUGCCAUGGACUACUACAAGGACUCCUGCCCUCAAGCUGAAGACAUCAUCAAGGAACAGGUUCAGCUCCUCUACAAGCGCCACAAGAACACUGCUUUCUCUUGGCUGAGAAACAUCUUCCAUGACUGCUUUGUUGAGUCAUGUGAUGCAUCCUUGUUGCUGGAUUCCACAAGGAGGAUGCUGUCGGAGAAGGAGACUGAUAGGAGCUUUGGUAUGAGGAAUUUCAGGUACAUCGAGGAUAUUAAGGAGGCUUUGGAGAGAGAAUGCCCUGGAGUCGUUUCCUGUGCAGAUAUUCUUGUUUUGUCCGCCAGAGAUGGCAUUGUUGCACUUGGAGGGCCACACAUCCCACUCAAAACAGGAAGAAGGGAUGGGAGAAAAAGCAGGGCAGACAUCCUGGAACAGCACCUGCCAGACCACAACGACAGCAUGAGCGUUGUUCUUGAUCGGUUCGCCAACAUUGGAAUCGACACUUCCGGAGUUGUUGCUUUACUAGGUGCUCACAGUGUGGGUAGAACUCACUGUGUCAAACUGGUUCACCGUCUCUACCCUGAGGUGGAUCCUUCUCUCAAUCCCGGCCAUGUCGAACACAUGCUCCGCAAGUGCCCCGAUGCAAUUCCUGACCCAAAGGCAGUCCAGUAUGUGCGAAAUGAUCGUGGCACCCCUAUGAAGCUUGACAACAACUAUUACAGGAACAUUCUGGACAACAAGGGGCUGAUGCUUGUUGAUCAUCAGUUAGCCACUAACAAGAGGACUAAGCCCUUCGUCAAGAAAAUGGCCAAGAACCAAAACUACUUCUUCAAGGAGUUUUCCAGGGCCAUCACCAUCUUGUCCGAGAACAAUCCGCUCACAGGUACAAAGGGUGAGAUCAGGAAGCAGUGCAAUCUUGCCAACAAGCUCCAUUGAAAUCGAAGCCGUCUACUGCUUUCCUGAAUAAAACAAGGAAGUCUCUUGCUGGUUUUCGUUUGGCAGCCAUGUUUAUGUUGGAUGUUGUUCUUUGUUCUUGCUUUCUUUUCAUUUCAGAUCAAUGGGUUUGGAGAUUGUUGUAAGGAAUGGAAUGGUGGUUGAUCAUGGUGUAUUAGUGUUAAUUAUCUAUGCUUUGGAACGAUGAAGGUUGAAUGAGUUCAAUGGA